UUCCAUUUUUCUCAUCGCAAUAAACCAGUGCAAUUUCUAGGGAAGAAUAGAAGCAAGAAACGAAAAAGCGAUCGAGUUGUGACUCAGUGAGUUCCGAGUUUCAAGUUAGAAAUGGCGAGCGCGCUUCGGAACGUGAAGGUGCUUCCGAACUCGGGGAGUGUGGAGGAGGCGCGUCAGCGCGUGUUCGAUUUCUUCAGAGCAGCGUGCCGUUCUCUACCCUCUGUCAUGGAAAUCUACAACCUAUACGAUGUAACUUCUGUCGCCCAGCUUCGUUCCACCGUCGCCUCCGAGAUCCGCAAGAACAUCGACGUCAGCGAUCCAAAAGUGGUCGAUAUGCUGCUUUUCAAAGGGAUGGAAGAGCUGAUGAACGUUGUGAACCAUUCCAAGCAGAGGCAUCAUAUCAUUGGUCAGUACGUAGUUGGUCAGCAAGGGCAAAUGCAGGAUUCAGCCUCAAAAGACCCGGCCAUCUCUCCCUUUCUGAAGAAUUUCUACAGCGGCAACUACUUUUGAAACUUGGUCAUAAGCUGUUCUGUUUCCUCAAAUAAAGAGUUAUCUUAAAAUGUUUUUGUAUGUCAAUACUGGAUGAGAUAAUGCUUUUGGGUUUGGAUCAAACUACUGCAUUCAUUCUUCCUGGCUUAAGUUAAGAAAGUGAUGUUUUUGCUUAUUGUUGUGCAUGCUUGCACACGUGUAAGUCUAUUUUAUAUCAUUCCAGAUGAAUGAAUACAUUGGAUAGCAUGUUAGAGAAAUAAUAUUGUAUUUUUGUGUAAUAAUUCCAUGAUAUUCGGUCA